AGGCAUGAGACGCGACAACUUUCCUUUGGCACCGCUGUGAACAGCUCUGUGCAACUCGCACAAGAUGCCCUCAUUUCACUUCACUCCACUAUCGGUCUCCCCUGGUGGCUUGCCAUUCCUGCCUUCGCUCUAGGCUUCACACUCACCCUGCGUCUUCCUCUGCAGAUUUACAGCAGGAAAAUCAUCCUCGGCCAGAGAAAACUAUUACCCUUUACUUCUUCCUGGAGGGCUCGGCAUCUCAACGUUCAUAAGGGGCCCUAUGUCGCAAUACAGCAAGGCAAGACCCUACGACGUAUCUACCGAGAGCGAGGCGUGCAGAGUUGGAAGAUCUGGGUAACUCUGUUCAGCAUUCCACCAUGGCUCCUCGUCCCUGAAGCCAUUCGCCGACUGAGUGGCGCGAGUGGAGGUAUCUUAUCUCUCAUCACUGGAAACUACAAGAACGGACACCCCGAGUUGGCCACUGCGCCCGCUCAGCAAGCAGUCAUUGCUGCACCAGGUGAAUCAGACAAUUUCACAGCUGAGCCUGUUCUCGGCAGCUUGGGGGACGCACCAUCGACAGGCGUCCUUGAGUCUUUGCAGACAGCUGCUACCCAGAUCGAGCCAAGUAUGACGACAGGCGGUAUCUUGUGGUUCCCGGAUCUGUCAGCGCCCGACCCAUAUGGUCUGCUCCCUAUGGCAAUGGCGGGCCUGCUCUGUUAUACCUGGAUCCCCAAGACUGCGGCUGGGCGAGCUGCCAUGUUCAACCUUUCCAACAAGCUGUCGUCCUCUCUUGAAACGUCAGGUUGGCGGUGGCGACUGCGAAGAACAGCCUUUGUCGCUUCACUUCUGUUACCCAUGGCGGCGAUGAACCUCCCAUCUGGCAUGUUUGUCUACUGGGUAUCGUCAGCGACCUUUGGCCACAUCAAUGCGGCACUUGUCGAGCGUUACAUGCCGCUGGAUAAACACCAAGCCCCGGCACGGCGGAAGGAUGUCCCGCGGAAGGCGUAAGCCAGCGCUAAAUUCUGUAAGAUAAAAAACACAGCAUUUAGGAACAUGUGUAUGUAGAAUAAGGCCCUGCUGUACCACAAUGUAAACACCUAUGAACGCCAGC